CUACGCAAGCAUAGCAUAGCAUAGCAGCAGCGGCCAAAAGGCAAGGAUCCUGCAAAUCUUCUCCGCUGCACGCCUAAUUAUCCCCCUCACCUCACCUCACCUCACCUCACCCACCCGUGCCUUGUCGCUUGCUGUUCUACUCCGGUGUGCCUCCAUCAUCACCGUCUUCUUGCUGGCUACUCCAGCUUAGCUUUGCUCAGCUUGUUAAUGGCAAAACCCCCAUAAUUAGCACUGCUCCGCUUUGUUAAUGAGUUUUUUUAGGCUGCUUCCUCCUCUGCCACCUUUUCUCUCAGAGAUGAGAGAGAGAGAGUGACAGAGUGCAGGGAGAAGCAAACGGGCAUCUCUUCUCUAUCAUAUCAUAGCUAGAGACUACUCGCCGGCCUUGCAUUUCUAGCCCCGUCGAAUCUCUUCACUCCUCACCUCUUGUGCCUCGCUCUACGCUCGCUACCCAGUAGCUUGCCAGCAAGAAGGCAUCAACUACCAGCAGCAGCAGCAGCAGGAGUAGCUCGCUAGCUGGUUUUUUGCUUUCUUGAUUUCUUCUUCUCCUCUGGGCGAGCUGUGCUCGUGCGAGCUAUAGAAUUGAGGCAGGAUCGGGAGGCGACAGAUGGGGGAGGCGGCGGAGAGCAAGAAGAGCAGAGGCCGUCUCCGGAGCUGGAUGGGGGAGAAGUACAGCGACCACCACCACCAUGGCGACGGCGACGGCGACGAGGAGGAGAAGACGCUGGAGCUCAGCCUUGGGCUCCCCGGAGGUGGAGGCGGAGGAGGAGGAGGCUGGAGAGCGGCGUGCAGAGACAAGGGGACGAAGCACCCCGUUGCUGCUUCUGCUGCUGCUGGUGAUGACGACGGUGGUGACAGCAGCUCCAUUCUCUCCCUGGGCUACUCCACUCUCGUCUCCCACUCACAAGGCAAGGCAAACAAGGGGUCCCCAGAGGAAGCACAUCCGCCAGCUACAGGGAAUAAUGCACUUGCAUCCAGCAAUAAUGGCUCCCAGACAAGUUCCAAAUGCAGAUCUCCUAGUACUCCUGUUAUUGGUUGGCCUCCGGUCCGAACCUUCAGAAGAAAUCUGGCUACAUCCAGCAAAGCAUCUCUUGAACUGCAGCAGAAUGAAAAGAAGGCUGCAAAAGUGGAAGUGAUCCAGAGAGCUCCAUUCAUAAAGAUUAACAUGGAUGGCAUCCCCAUUGGUAGAAAGAUCGAUCUGAAUGCUCUUGAUAGCUAUGACAAGCUUUCUUUAGCGGUUGACAAGCUAUUCCGGGGCCUUCUUGCAGCCCAAAGAGGCCCUCUCCCAGCUGGAGCAAAGGGCUGUCCUCAGGAAGAUGCGGCAAUAUCUGGUUUGUUAGAUGGAACUGGGGAGUACACUCUGGUUUAUGAAGAUUAUGAAGGCGACAGGGUGCUGGUUGGAGAUGUGCCAUGGGGGAUGUUUGUUUCUUCAGUUAAGAGACUGCGAGUACUGAAGACAUCUGAUCUCUCCUCAUCUCUAAUCGCUUCGGGUCGGAAAAGAACAGCAGCUGAAUGUUAACCCUUUUCUUAGAGCUGCUUUUGACACUUCCAGUGGCGCGCUGUGAAGAAGAAUAUGAUCUUCUGAGCUUGUAUCAUCGUCUCUCGCUCUCCUCAAUGCCUUCCUGUGCUGAUCUUUUGGGGUUUUUCCUCUUCUUACUUACCCAACCUGCUUCUCCUUUUAAGACAAUUGUGUGAAGUGAGUACACUUUGACAUGACCAUCAUGUAAAUGUUCAGCCAAAUCAGCUCUACAUUUAUGCAGUUAAUUAUUCUCUGGCA